CGCAAUGUUCGCGACCAGGGAGAGCGCCUGACUAAGCAGUGUUACAGCGUCAUGCCACGUCAUGCCAAGCCGCGGUUGUCAUUUUCCGGCACUUUAGUUACCUCGGUACAAUUCAUUGUAAGCGAACGUAACAAAACAUCACCGCUUCUCAACCUCACUUUAUCAACACCACCAAAGCAUGCUUCCAUAGGCACCGCUUGACUAUUUCACCACUCAAAAUGACCGCCGACGAGCCCCCAUCCGACUCCCUCACUCUCUGGGAGAAGCUCUCCCUCACCUGGCUUGUUCCUCUCUUCGCCGCCCGAUGCAUCAAAUGCCUCCUCUUCCAAAGUAAUCCCUCCCUGCACUGGCGACAAAACCUCGCUCUAGCCCACCUCAAAGUCCGCCGCACCACUUACCCCGCCAAGUACCUGCACCUCCAAGCGCGGCGCGUGCUCACGGGGAAAGCCAUCGAGGCUUAUAUCGCCAAACACCCCAACAUCGCGCACACCACCGUUUCCGUUCCCCUGCCACCCUCUUCAGCUUCUGAUAUUGAGAUCAAGAAUGUUCCUGAGCCGGUGCUUCACUUCCUCACCCCUGUGAAUGGGCAGGAUGAUGUCGGGGGUAGUGAGAACAACAAGACAACGCUCCUCUACUUCCACGGCGGCGGCUACGUCAACCCCCUCCGCGCAAUGGGCCACAUGCCCUUCAUCCUCUCCAUGCAUAAAGCCUGCAAGGCAAAGCAAACAAUAAUCCUCGAAUACGCGCUCGCGCCCGAACACCCCUAUCCCGCUCAACUGAUGCAAGCCGUCGCGACCUUGCGCUAUCUCCUCACCGAUAUGUCCCUUUCCCCGUCCGACAUUAUCCUAGGAGGUGAUUCCGCCGGCGGCCAACUCGUCGGUGCUUUGCUAGCUCACCUAGCGAAACCCAGUCCCUACGCCCCUGCAGUGCAACAGUGGAGGGAAGGAGAGGAUGCCUUCAAAGCAGCGGUCUUCAUCUCCCCCUGGGCGUUCAUGCAACGACCGGGUGACCUUUUCGAAGCCGACGAGAAAUGGGAUUACCUCACGCCAAAACAAUGUGGGCGGUAUCAAGACCUUUGGGACGCGAAGGUGGAUGAGGUGUGGGCGAAUUUGUGUGGCUUCUCGGCGGACGACGAUCGAGAUGCUCAAGAUGAAGUUUGGGGCCGGGUAUUCGGGCGAGAUGGAAGGAGGGCGAUGGUGGGGAAGACGUUGGUGACGGUGGGAACGGCGGAGGUGUUGUUGGAUAGUUGUCGGCGGUUUGGGAGGGAGUGUGUGGGGGGUGAGACGGUGGUGGUGGAUCGGGAUACGGACUUGGAGAAGGAGGUGAAGGGGAGGGAGGUGGUGACGGUGGAGUGUGUCGGGGAGGCACAUGUGCAGCCGGCGUUGGAUGCUGCGCUGGGGUAUGAGGAGGGGGUGAUGAUGAGGGUUAUGUUGGCUUGGUUGGGGGGUGUUUAGAGGUCCGUACCUGAACUGGACAUCUCGACGGAGAUUGGAACUGACUUUGAGUCUUUGAUGUGUGGAAAAUGGAUAUAGCAUUUCGUCUAUUAGAUACGUACGUAACGAAAUCUGUAUGAUCUCAAACUCCAUCCUCACUAG